CAAAAUACCCUCCAAAAUGUUCAAAUACGCCGUUGUAAUCUGUGCUCUGAUUGCCUGUGUGGCCGCCAAGCCGGGACUUCUCCAUGCUCCACUGGCCGCUCCUCUGUUUGCUGCUCCUGCGCCCGUUGUUACAGCAGCCAGCAGUCAGGUGGUGGCCAGGACCUUCAAUGGCAUUGCGACGGCUCCAGUGAUUGCCCAAGUGCCCGUGGCUCCUGCACCAGUGCCAGUUCCCGUGGUCAGGACUGUGGCAGCUCCGUUUGCUGCACCUCUGGCUGCUCCUUUGCCGGCACCCAUCGUCCGAGCAGCCCCCUUUGCUGCUCAAUAUGCCGCUCCCUUCGGAACUCCCUUCGCCGCGCCCUUUGCAGCACCCUACACGGCUCCCUUUGCCCACCCCUAUGGAGCACCUGUCAUUGCCAAAUACUCGGCACCCCUGGCCUAUGCCCCAGCACCGCUGAACUAUGCUGCUGCGCCCGCUCUGUGGUAGAAUUAACCAACCAUCGUGUGCCCCAUCGUGUGUGUUCAAUGACUGAUAGCCCGUAAUAAAAUCGUUUCAAUUG